AUGUCAAUUAUAUCUUCAAAUACUAAUACUACUGCUGCUUCUUCUGCCGCUUCUGCCGCUUCUGCUACUGUUGUUAAAGGUUUUUCUCAUACUAUUAGAAAGUUAUCUGCUAAAGAUGUUCCCAAGGCUGCUAAAACUUUAUUAGAAGCUUUUGAAUUUGAUUCAUUGAGUAAUUACCUAGUCAGCCACAUUACAGAUGACUCAAGACGUAAAUUUUUUCAAUUAAAAAUUUAUGAAUGUUAUUUAUUACAACAUAUUAAUUGUGGUUUAGUAUUUGGUCAAAAUGAAACUACCGAGAUAUUUGAAACAGUUUCAAUUUGGUCUACUCCUGAAAGUUCAAAGAAUGGGUUGGAAUCAUUUAAUAAUUUAAUGGAAUCUGGUUAUGGUCAAUUAUGGGAAAUGUUUGAUAGAAAUACCAUAAAUAAAGUAUUUUACGGUAUGUUACCACUUUUACAUAAUUCAUUUGAUAGAAUUAUCAGUAGUGAUUCAAGAUUUAGAAAUAAAAAUAUUUAUACUUUGGUUUAUGUUGGUAGUCUUAAAAUAAGUCAAGGUAAAGGAAAUGUACGUAAAUUAUUCCAAUAUAUGAAUGAAAAUUAUAUUGAUAAAACUGGCAACAAUUUAACUUACUUAGAAAGUUCAUCACCUUUAAAUAUUCCAAUUUAUGAAAAAUUUGGAUUUCAUAUAGUUGAAAAUAUCUUAUUAGGUGAUAACACUAAAGAAACUUCAAUUGUUGGUAAAGAUUAUGCAAUUAUGAAUGUUAUGAUUAGAGGUUCAAAAGGAAAUGAUUGGACUAAAGAUAAAAAGAUGAUAAAUUAUAAUAAGAAUAAUAGUAAUAAUAAUAAUAAUAAUAAUAAUAAAUUAUAA